UCGUCCUGAACCGGGCAAUUGCAUUAUUCACUCUCUUUCUUCUGCGAAAUUUCCUUUCCUUUCAAUUCCAUUUUCGUCCCUCAACACAACGACCCCUUCCCUUCAAUGCUCUCCACAAUUCAACACGUCGUGGUCCUUUCAACAUUCAUUCUCUGAUCAGGUUUCCGGUUAAUCGGCGAUCUGCCUCUGGUUUCUGGUCUCAUCGUUUCGGUUUCUUUAUGUGGGGUUUGGGGGCACAGAGACAGAGGGUAACAGCACAAUCACCAUCAAUUCACAAUGUCUAUGUCAGAUUCCGAUUCCUCAUCUUAUGCUUCCGAUUACAAAAACUUCAAACAAAUUAGCCGCGAGCGAUUAUUACAUGAAAUGCUCAGGUCUGCGAAAACUGGGGAUUCAAAAUCAACAUGGAAGGUAUUAAUAAUGGACAAACUUACUGUCAAGAUAAUGUCUCACUCUUGCAAGAUGGCUGAUAUCACUGAUGAAGGUGUUUCAUUGGUGGAAGACAUAUACAAACGAAGGCAGCCAUUGCCCACCAUGGAUGCUAUAUACUUCAUCCAGCCAACUAGAGAGAACAUCAUUAUGUUUUUGUCAGACAUGUCUGGGAGGACACCCUUAUACAGGAAGGCGUUUGUUUUCUUUAGUUCAUCUAUAUCCAGAGAAUUGGUGAUGGAGAUAAAGAAAGAUGCGUUGGUGUUGCCUCGCAUAGGUGCUUUAAGGGAGAUGAAUUUGGAGUAUUUUGCCAUAGACAGUCAGGGUUUUGUCACCAAUAAUGAGAGAGCUUUAGAGGAACUGUUUGGGGACGAGGAGAAUCAUCAUAAAGCUGUUGCAUGUUUAAAUGUGAUGGCUAUGCGGAUUGCCACGGUUUUUGCUUCAUUAAGAGAAUUUCCUACAGUUCGCUUUCGUGCUGCCAAGACCAUCGAUGCAACAACGAUGACUACUUUUCGUGAUCUUAUUCCAACAAAGCUUGCUGCUGGUGUCUGGGACUGUAUCACAAAAUAUAAAAAAACUAUACCUAAUUUUCCUCAGACUGAGACCUGUGAAUUGCUCAUCAUCGAUAGAACUAUCGAUCAGAUUGCUCCUGUGAUACAUGAAUGGACAUAUGAUGCUAUGUGCCAUGAUUUGCUAAAUAUGGAUGGAAAUAAAUAUGUCCAUGAGGUUCCUGGAAAAGAUGGUGGUUUACCUGAGAAGAAAGAGGUUCUUUUGGAAGAUCACGAUCCUAUAUGGCUGGAGCUUCGCCAUGCUCAUAUUGCAGAUGCUAGUGAACGGUUGCACGAAAAGAUGACCAACUUCAUUUCAAAGAACAAAGCUGCACAAAUCCAACAUGGUUCAAGAGGAAGUGGUGAAAUGUCCACAAGGGACAUACAGAAGAUGGUGCAAGCACUUCCACAAUACAGUGAACAAAUUGACAAGCUUUCCCUCCAUGUAGAGAUUGCUGGAAAAAUUAACAGAAUCAUUAGGGAGUCGAGGCUUCGGGAUAUUGGGCAACUGGAGCAAAAUCUAGUUUUUGGAGAUGCAGGGAUGAAAGAUGUGAUCAAAUUUUUGACCACAAAUGAAGAUGCUAGCCGUGAAAAUAAGUUACGCUUGUUAAUGAUACUCGCAGCCAUUUAUCCUGAGAAAUUUGAGGGAGAAACUGGUCUAAAUUUGGUGAAGGUAGCAAGGUUGACAAAUGAAGAUAUGAUUGCGAUAAAUAAUUUGAGAAUGCUUGUGGGACAGCCAGAAGCCAAAAAGACUUCAACUGGUGCAUUUGCUCUUAAGUUUGAUAUAAAGAAAAAGCGUGCAGCAAGGAAAGAUCGUUCUGGUGAAGAAGAGACAUGGCAGCUGUCACGUUUUUAUCCCAUAUUAGAGGAACUCAUUGAAAAGAUCAACAAAAAUGAAUUGUCCAAGGAGGAUUAUCCAUGUUUAAAUGACCCAAAUCCAACUGUCCACGGUGUUCCUUAUGCUCAAUUACAUCAAAAUCCUCCUGCUCAUUCCAUGAGGUCAAGGCGCACACCAACUUGGGCUCGACCUCGAGGCUCUGAUGAUGGAUAUUCAAGUGAUUCGGUUCUCAAACACUCAUCCAGUGAUUUCAAGAAGAUGGGACAGCGGAUAUUUAUAUUCAUUGUUGGUGGAGCAACCAGAUCUGAGCUUCGGGCUUGCCACAAGCUUACCAGUAAGCUGAGGAGGGAAGUUAUUCUAGGGUCGACAAGUCUCGAUGAUCCUGCAACAUUUAUUACGAAAUUAAAGUUGCUAACGGCAUUGGAUGAUCUCCAGAUAUGAUUCUAUGGGCUUGGAAAGUGAAAGAUGAGAUUAUAUUUGUCAAAUAUUGUUGUAUUCGUAGAGUUUAAUCAUGUCAAUAUAGCAAAUUCUUUGAACAUUUGAGCUGUGCUUCAGCCAAGCUGCUGAGUGACAGAUUGUGCAUAUGCUAGGAAUUCUUCAUUGGUUAACGGUUAGAGACGCAUUUUACUUUUUUCCCCGCUUCCUUAAUAUAAAUAUUUCUGGCAAGAGACUCAUCCAAAUUGGAAUUAAUGAAGUUGGAAGGAAACUUGUGUAGAGGAGAGAUGCGGAAAAUUGUAAUGCUAAACAAUAACACCAUGUUUUCCAUGGAAAUGUUGUUUGAGAAGAAUUGGUCGUAUCAAAUGUAAGGCACCAUAUUAUUCUUUUAAAGUGAAAGGAUUGAAUUUAUAAUUUCUAUUA